AUGUCGGACCUUCGCCAAAACUUUGAACGCGAUGGAUUUGUGGUGAUUGAGAAUGUCUUUAAUGAUCAGGAAAUUGAAGAAAUAAAGGGAGCAAUUGGGAAAAUUGUAGAGGAUAUGAAUUUGGCUGAGCACCCAAAAAGUGUAUUCUCCACGUAUGAUGAGGAUAAGCACGCCGCCGACUCCUACUUCCUCAACAGCUCCGAUAAAAUUCGAUUCUUCUUUGAAGAAGGAGCAGUUGACAAGGAUGGAGAGCUCACGGUGCCAAAAGACAAAGCCCUUAAUAAAAUCGGCCAUGGCCUUCAUUUGCUGGACCCCACUUUCAAGAAAAUGACAUUCAAUUCCAAAAUUCAAAAGAUUUUCCAAGGAAUCGGUUAUCAAGAGCCGGAAGUUGUGCAAAGUAUGUAUAUUUUCAAACAGCCGAAAAUCGGAGGAGCUGUGACUGAUCAUGUGGAUUCUACAUUUCUUAGGGUUAAUCCUAUCGAUCAUCUGACUGGUGUCUGGAUUGCAAUUGAUGAAGCAAGUGUGGAGAAUGGAUGUCUUUCUUUUAUACCAGGAAGUCACAAAGACACCUCCACCUCUGAUUACCGCUUCGUCCGGACCCAUGACACCACUGGUGGUCCACUAUUAAAAUUUAUCGGAACUCGUCCAACAUACGAUCAAUCCAAAUUCCAACAUGUACCAAUAUCCAAAGGAUCUCUGAUUCUUAUUCACGGAUUAGUGGUCCACAAAUCUGAAGCCAACACUUCUGACAAGUCCCGCCAUGCCUAUACAAUCCACGUCAUGGAGAAGCAGAAUACUGAAUGGAGCAAGGAUAACUGGCUCCAGGAGACCGAGCAAUACAAAUUCCCAAAUCUAUAUAAGCAAUAG